CACACGUGACGAAAGCAAAAGUGAAAAUGGCGACUACAACAGAAAAUCCCUUCCAGCAUUUGGUGCAAACAGCUAACAUUGGAGGCAAAGACUACAGAUUCUUCAAUGUAUCAGCAUUAAAUGAUCCUAGAUAUAAAAAGCUUCCGUACUCCAUCAGAGUGCUAUUGGAAUCAGCCAUCAGGAACUGUGAUGAUUUCCAGGUACUACAGAAAGAUGUGGAACACAUUCUGGACUGGGAGAAAAAUCAGACCAAAAAUGUUGAAAUUCCAUUUAAACCAGCCAGGGUCAUCCUACAGGAUUUCACGGGGGUACCAGCAGUGGUAGAUUUUGCUGCUAUGAGAGAUGCUGUCAAAAGAUUAGGAGGGGAUCCACAGAAAAUUAACCCAGUCUGUCCAGCUGACCUAGUUAUUGACCACUCUAUACAGGUGGAUGUGUCAAGGAGUACUUUGAGAUUCUCCCCAAACCCUGGAGGAGGUCAGCCCAAAUGUUUGAACUGUGAAGGUCCUUGCUCUGAUAAAAUUUGUCCAUUUCAUGGCAACAAAACAUCUAGUGCUGAUGCUUUAGAACAGAAUCAGGAAUUAGAAUUUACAAGAAAUAAAGAAAGAUUUGUAUUUUUGAAGUGGGGAGCAAGGGCUUUGAAGAAUAUGUUGAUUGUACCUCCAGGGUCAGGGAUAGUUCAUCAGGUCAACUUAGAAUUUCUUGCCCGAGUUGUUUUUAACGACAAUGGGACAUUGUAUCCAGACAGUUUAGUUGGAACUGAUUCUCAUACUACAAUGAUCAAUGGUUUAGGAGUUGUUGGCUGGGGUGUCGGCGGGAUUGAAGCAGAAGCUGUUAUGUUAGGCCAGUCCAUUAGUAUGGUGCUUCCUCAGGUUGUUGGUUACAAAUUGACCGGAGAAGUUGACCAAAUGACCACAUCAACAGAUGUUGUCUUAACAAUAACAAAGCACUUAAGGCAGAUAGGUGUGGUUGGAAAGUUUGUAGAAUUCUUUGGGCCUGGUGUUUCCAAGCUUUCCAUUGCUGACAGAGCAACGAUCUCAAACAUGUGUCCUGAAUAUGGUGCUACUGUCGGAUACUUCCCUAUUGAUAAUAAAAGUCUAGAAUAUUUAUUACAAACAGGGAGAAGUAAUGAACAGAUCAACUUUAUAGAGCAAUAUCUAAGAUCUAUCACAAUGUUCAGAAAUUAUAAUGAUCAGAAUGAAGAUCCUGUGUUCUCAGAGGUUUAUGAGCUAGACUUGUCAACAGUGAGGGCCUGUUGUUCUGGGCCUAAGAGACCUCAGGAUAAAGUGGCUGUUACAGAUAUGAAGUCUGAUUUUACACAAUGUCUCAAUAAUAAAGUUAGCUUUAAGGGCUUUGCAAUACCGUCAGAUAAACAAUCAACAACUGUUCCAAUCAUUUAUGAAAACAAGGAGUAUACAUUGUCACAUGGUUCUGUUGUCAUAGCAGCCAUCACUAGCUGUACAAAUACCAGCAAUCCAUCAGUCAUGUUAGGAGCUGGCCUUCUAGCAAAGAAUGCAAUAGAAGCAGGACUAUCCGUGAAGCCAUACAUCAAAACUAGUCUGUCCCCUGGCAGUGGUGUGGUGACCUUUUACCUCAGAGAUAGUGGUGUUACUCCAUAUUUGGAAAAACUAGGGUUUUCUGUAGUAGGUUAUGGUUGUAUGACUUGUAUUGGUAAUAGUGGACCAUUACCAGAACAGGUCGGAGAAGCCAUUGAGAAGGGAGAUUUGGUGACGUGUGGUGUGCUCUCAGGUAACCGGAACUUUGAAGGAAGAAUCCAUCCUCUGAUACGAGCUAACUAUUUAGCCUCACCUCCUUUGGUCAUAGCAUACGCAUUAGCUGGAACUGUUCUCAUAGACUUUGAAACAGAACCUCUAGGAACAAAUUCUGAAGGCAAACCAAUAUUUUUGCAAGACAUCUGGCCAACAAGGAGUCAGAUACAGGAAGUUGAAAAAGCAGUAGUGGUGCCAUCUAUGUUUAAUGAUGUAUAUUCCAGAAUACAGAAAGGGAACACCAGAUGGAAUAGUCUAGAGGCUCCAGAGGGGAUGAUUUAUCCAUGGGAUGAUAAAUCUACAUAUAUUAAAUCACCACCAUUCUUUGAAACAAUGGUGAAAGAUCUUCCAGUUGUUGAGGGUGUGAAGGAUGCCUGUGUUCUAUUAAAUCUUGGUGAUUCUGUGACAACAGAUCAUAUCUCCCCUGCUGGCAGUAUAGCUAGGAACAGCCCAGCUGCCAGAUACCUAGGAUCUAAAGGAUUAACAGCUAGAGAAUUUAAUUCCUAUGGGUCCAGACGUGGUAAUGAUGAUGUAAUGGCCAGAGGGACAUUUGCAAAUAUUAGAUUAGUUAAUAAAUUUGUUGGUAAACCUGGAGCUCGUACAGUUCAUAUCCCCUCAGGACAAGAGAUGGACAUCUUUGAUGCAGCUCAGAGAUACAAGACUGAAAAUAAAUCUGUGAUAAUUUUGGCGGGAAAAGAGUAUGGUUCCGGAUCUUCCAGAGACUGGGCAGCCAAAGGUCCAUGGAUUCUUGGUAUAAAAGCUGUGAUUGCUGAGAGUUACGAGAGAAUCCAUAGAAGUAACUUGGUUGGAAUGGGCAUCAUACCAUGUCAGUAUUUAGAGGGCCAGGAUGCUACAUCACUGGGAUUGACAGGGAAAGAGUCGUUCACAAUAGAAAUACCAACAGACAUACAGCCUGGACAAGUUACUAAUGUUAAGCUAAGUGACGGCAGAACAUUCCAAGUUAAAGUACGUUUUGACACCGAGGUAGAACUGGUGUAUUUCCGUAAUGGUGGAAUCCUGAACUACAUGAUUCGUCAAAUGUUAUAACAGUCACUAAAAAUAGAAACUUGUGACCAUAAUAGAACUUGGAAAACUUGUUGUUGACUUGUUGAUAGAUGUUAUUGUAUGAUUCUUUGAUAGAAGAGGAUUUUAUUUUUUUUUUGUGGAUGUUACUUGAAAUGGUUAAAUAACUUCGUUAUUUGAUUUCAUGUAUUAGUUAUAUGAUUUGAUGAUGGAAAACACUUACAAAAUAACACAAUUGAUUUGUAUAAUGAACAUCUGUAAUAAACAUCAACAGCUCUGAUCAGGGUCGAAAUUUUGAAACAUAAAAACAUUUUUUUUGUUAGGUAUUUUCAGUUGUUGAAAUCCAUGACAUUUAGAACCUUUUUCAAUAUAGCUGGUGUGUUGGUAGAAUUCAAUGAAAUGAAAUAGUAUUUCUUUAGCUAGUAAUAAUCACUUAUCAUUGCUAUAUUAGCAAUAAUUUAAACAAUUAUAGUUAUUUCUCCCAAAUAAUCCAUAGAUUGUCCUCACAUACUAAUAGGUGAAAGGAUUUAAGGCCUAAAAUAUAUUGGAUCAGGGAACUGCUUUUUUUGGUCACUUCACUGAGUUAUGUUAAAGUAUUAAACAUUUUGUUUUAACAUUGGUUCCCCAGAUGUCUAGUCGCCAGGUAGCCCACCAAACCUGUAGGUCGCUGGUUGCAUUUGACCAUGUUAGAACCACAUUUGGUAUCCGUCCAUGAAGAAGGGUCAUUGAUUAACAGGAACCAUUUUGUUGCAUAUUUUACUCAAAUAAUUAAGUGGUUACAACAAGGAUUUUAAUACUAUAAAAUCAUUGGUUACAACAACUUAUUAAUUAUUGAAAAAAAUUAAAGUCAGACCUCAAAAUCAUAUUCAGUCUAGGAUACCUUGAAGGAGCUUACUUUUGUUUUGGCCUUAGAAAGAUAUUUGUUAUUUGUAACAAUCAGUUUUGACAAUAUCAAUUGUAUAAAUGUUUAAAAGGGAUGUUCCAAUUGAAUGUUAGAUGAAAUUAGAAGCAUAGUAGAAAUAUAGACUUAAUUGACCAAUCAAAAGUAGUCACAUGAUAUUAAUUCUAAAAAUACAUUAGUGAUUGUCUUACAUCUUGUUGUUAUGUUUCAUAGUUUAGAGUUAGAUAAACAGACUUGAAUACAUAUCAGUUUUCUUUUAGCAGUUAAAGGUGUAAUACAGAAAUACUGAUUCACCAUACAGAACAUAAAUAGUUAAACUUUUUUCGAAAGAGCCGAUACCAUUCCAAUUUUGUUUAGGCUGAUGAUCCUAAAUAUAGGAUAACUUGUGUGAAAAUAGGAUUUUAAUACCAAAAAUAUUGCAAUUCCAGCAUGCCAUUCAUUCUGCUUUAGAUAUGAAUACAUGUUGUAUAAUUACAUUGUUUGUAUAUAUGUGUGAUAAUAUAGUUGCCCCCCCCCCCCUUUUCAUUAAUUUUAAAGUAUGAAGGAUGAUGCAUAAUAAUGGGUGUUAUGAGAAGGGAUGGUAUUUACAUACAUAUUUCAAUGAUUAUUUGAUAUUUAAAAGAAUUUUUGCAAUCAUUUUUUUUUUAAAUCUUGGGCAUUCAGGUGCUUGUAAGAAUUUGUUAAGAAUGAUGAUUUUUUUUGUUGUUCAAAUAUUGGGCAUUCUCAUGUUGAGAAAAAUUUAUGGAUUGUGAAUAAAUUUGAAUAAAUAUUAAUAAGAUUAGGUACUGGUCUUAUGUGAACGGAAAGUAAAAACAAACACCUUAUACAUAUGUAUUGUACUUGUAAUUAGGUCAAUAGGUUAAAAAUCCUUAAUUUAAUAAAUGACUUGUCAAAAUGUUCAAUGAUAUAUCUGAGUCAGAUUAACUUGAGCUUCACAGGGAGUUAUUCAAUCAGAAAUUUUAUAUUGUAAUUCAUUCAUGUCAUGAUUUAUAAUAAAAUUAAUAUCAUAUUUAUUCUUA